ACCUGCCUCAACUGAUACUGACGAAGCCACAAAGGAUUUUCUCGGCAGGGUCGUCAUCUCCAUCUCACAGCGCUCGGAGAGUGGAAUCGAUGUGCGAGCCACUUCACCUCCAGUACAAGCAUCAGCUGACUAACGUACAGGAUGGCUCCGACUCUCCUCCGCCUAGCCCAGAGCUAGGCAUGGGCAGCCCGAGUGGAAGUGAGAUUGGCGAUCUAGAGCUGGAUGAUGCAGACAGGCAAGACGUGGCGGAUGCAGGACCGUCUGCUACACCUGGUUUUCAGCAGCAAGAAAUCGAUUCAGCGGCCGAGUGCGCGAGUAAAGAGGCUGCGAAGAGAUUGCCGCGCAGACACCACAUCCAACUGCCACCAUUGGAGAGCGCCCAACGAGCAAGCACGGACAUUGAGAACGCUCAACUCAAGACACCUUCCCCAACAUGUCCGCCGAUCCGACGCAGUGCCCGGGCUAAGAGUACCCUCAUUUACGACCAAAGGUACCAUCCAAUGGACGAUGUCAUUCGACCGUCACAAGCAGCCAAACGCCGUUCAUUGCAUGGUGAGCGACCUCCACUUGGAAGUGGAGUAGACGGUGAUGGUUCGGAGGAGUCAGGUUCUGACGUUGGAAGUAUGGCUGGCGAUGAUGACAGCGAUGGCGAAGAGUCGCAGCCUACGCGGGGCCGUAAGAGGAAGCGGGUGAGGACUCUCACUUCUGAACCUACUCGGCGUUCGUCGCGCAGGAGAACGAAUCCGAAGGUCUCCUACAACAUGAACAUACACCCUCAAGACAGCGACUUGAAGCGAGUCUGGGCAUGCGACGGAUCGAAGAGCUCACCAUCACCGGCUAAGCCGACUAAGCCUGCCGAAGCCAUGUCCUCGACAAUGGAAACUUCGUCUGAUGAUUUUGAGGAGGUGUGUAGAACACUGCUAGUGGAUGACUCAGAAGACUGCUCGUCAGAACCAGUACCAGAGCCUCUCCCGGGGUCCUCAAUACAUCAUUCGCACACUCUGGUACCUGUCACAAAGCAGGACCAAGAAAUGGUCGAUAAAUACCCAGCCUUGCGCUCAGAUGUUGCGUAUUUCUCUGCUGAUCAGGGUGUGUGGCCAGUUGUGAAGGGGCUUCCGUUCCAGAUCUUCACGGAGCGAAUAGAAGAUCAGCUGAGCGCGGAAGCAGAGGCGGCAUCGCCAUUUCGUUACGAAGAUGAAGACAAAGAGAACGACGUCGUCAACCCUGAACUUGCGCCUAGACCUAACCCACUCGGUGGCAUUUCUAUCAUACCAGCUUCGCAUUAUCGUCGCGCGCCGGGAAUCUACACCACCUCAGGUCACGACUCGAUAGCCAGUAAUGCCUUCUAUGUCAACCCCCAGUUCGAAGCAUCACCAUACGGUCUGACCUGGAGUGACGGCGCUCAUGACGUGCACAUCAGCGGCACCAACGACUGUCCGGUCCCUGACUAUGUGCGCAUCUUAGCGUCCGGUGAACACCUGCCUCGGGCAUCUAUGACCGCUGAAAAUUGUCACUCGCGCAGAGACCACAACAUCGCCAGUUCUUUUCCGAUCCGAGGCCUCGAGGGUCUCGAAUUCUUCCGCUGAAGACUCGUUCUUGGAUGCAGUACCUAUCGACAGUCGACAAACUCACUCCUAAGGUGGACAGUAAUGAGCGUGGCAUGACUCUGGCAUAGCGCUCGUCGCGUAUGAUCAAGCGGCACGUACAGCAGAUGAUCUUUCGUAUGUUCGAUCAUAUGUGACACCCCAUCUCUGGCGCUUCGAUUCCUUAUAUUUGGCUCAAUGUAUGAGGAAUGGACUGGCAUCUAUGGAAAAUCAAUGCAAAAACGCACAAAUCCAAAGGCCUUGUUGGAGGCGCCUGCGUACUACCGUGGAGGCGGUGAUCCUCGGACUUGAACAGUAAGGAAAUUGUGAUAGACGGCAAGUACUUGUCACGACUUCGUCAAUGGCUGAGGUGGAUCUUUGCAAAGUCCGG